GGUUAGGAAACAAGCCAGACGCUCCCACUGACUCGAGCGUGACAGAUCAGUAUGUCCAGUGUGUUGCACUGACGUGUCCAUCCCGCUAAUAAAAAGCACAACACCCCUCCCCACUGCUGUGUCAGAGAGCAAAUUUAAGAUUUGACUAUGGCGCUCGACCAACAGAACCAGAAGUGCCCCGAAGGCUUUCGCCUGGUCUCCAUCAACUCCAGGCCUAUUGAGAACCGAUCCAAGUACCGCCAGCGUCUCUCAGCUCAGAUUCAGUCCAAAUAUGCGGAGGGUAAAUACGAUCGGCAGGCGGUGAAGGGGAAAGCGUCGUCUGGCCUGCAGAGGAACCAAGCAGACGUGCAGAGUCAAGGACGAAAAGCCAUCAACACCACCAGGGCGCGGGACUUCAGGCCCUUCACCCCUGACCCCAUGGAGGGCAGGCAAAACAUGGACGUACAGACGGAGCUUUACCUGGAAGAACUGAGCGACAUCAUCGUGACCACGGAGAUGGAGUGCCAGACGGACGCCUUCGUGGACAAACCACCCAGUCCACUGUUCAUCCCGGCCAAAACUGGCAAGGACGUGGCCACGCAGAUAGAAGAAGGAGAGCUGUUUGACUUCGACAGGGAGGUCCAGCCACUACUGGAGGUUCUGGUGGGGAAGACGAUAGAGCAGUCUCUGCUGGAGGUGAUGGAGGAGGAGGAGCUGGCAGCGCUCAAGGCCCAGCAGAAGUACUACGAGGAGCGCCGCAACGCUGAGCUGGCUGAAGUUCAGCGACUGCAGGAGCAGGAGAGACGUCACACGCAGGAGAAGGAGAACCGGAUCGCCCAGCAGAAGGAGGUGCAGAGGAAAGAGAAGGAGGUGGCGGCCAUGAUCGCCGGGCGGGCUUUCACGCAGAGGUACCUGGAGAACGUGAUCCCGUCCGUCUUCAGCGCCCUGAAAGUGGACGGCUACAUCUACGACCCUGUGAAGAAGGACAUUGAGAGCAACUUCCUCCCGCUGCUGAUGUCUGAGAUGAACAGGAGACGAGAGCAGAAGGAACUGGCGCGGCUGCUGCUGGACUCCAUCAUCUACGAGCUGACCAGCUGGCGGGAAGACCAGUGAUGUCCCUCAAUUUCCUCAUUGUUUUCCAUCACUUGGCUAACUUCCCAUCAUCAUCCAGUCAUCUUAAAUCUCCACCACACCAGCCCUCGUCCAUGUGGCUCACUGGUCGUCUUCAUCUUGGGAGUCAUGUUUUCCAACCCUUAAAGUGUGAGACCAUCAGCAGCAGGAUUUGGGUUGAACGUCUUUAAUUUUUUGCAAAACAAGACUUGGAUUACAGACGAGCCUGGACUCAGGCAAAGGAAUCUUACAGUCUCUCCAUGCAGAGUUGCACACGAGCAGACGCCCGGAACCGUCGUCACCAGACCCAACAGCGGAAUGUACCAUUCCCAUGUUCACACAUAUGACAUUUAAAACUCAGUGCAACAGGGUACUCUUAAAACAAAUGUGCUGUCACCAUUAACUUACAGCAAAAAUUAACUUCUUUUUUUGAAUCCUUAAAGGUGACAGCGACGCCCUGGAGCCAGAGCGUCGCUGCUCCCCACAACAACGACAACUAGUUUUGCAGUUACUGCACUUUAAGGAUCAACAAUUGGAACGUGUGGCUAUGUGAUAGAAAUCUGUGGGGAAAGGGGGGGCGGGUGGGGGGUCUGUUUAAUCGACUUCUUCCAUGCGUGAGGCGUCGUCUUCGCCCUCGCCCUCCAGCGGGGGGAUCUCGUCUGGGGCGGCCGCCGUCGUGGGCUCCUCUACUGCAUCGUCGUCAU